UCUAGAUUGCACUCCACCUGCAUAAGCAACACGUAAAUCACCCCAACAAUCACCGUCGCGUCAUCGAAACCACUGCAAAAAGCACACCCCACCAAUCAUCCCCACACACCAACCGCACAGCUCGACACGCGCCGCGCGCCGCCACAACCCACUACUCAGACCCACCUCGACCACACUUCCUCGCCAUGAAUAGCUACUCCUUCCUCGACUCAAACGGCAACCCCAACAUGCCUCGCGCUCCGCCGUCCCCCUCACCAUCACAACCAGGCUCCCAGGUCAACGGCAUGGGCGGCGCACAGCAGAAUGGUGUACCGCUGGUCAACGGUCUGCCAUCGGGCGGCCAGCAGACAGAUAUGAACUACCUGUGGGGCGUGAUACAGCAGCUGAGCCAGCUCUUGGAGGAGAACCGCGCGCAGACGCUGAGCAUCGUGAACGGGGUGCAGGCCAUCCAAGCACGGGCCGCAGAGGAGGGUGGGGUUGCGGAGUUGGGAGUGAGGGAGGUGAAUGGGGAACUGAACGCAUCCCGCACCGCCGAACUCAACACCCAGCUCUCCGCCGCACAGAAGCAACUCUCCGACCUCUCCACCUCGAACACAUCCCUCCAGACCCUCAUUACAGACUACGAGAACGCACUCACACUCCUCCUCGAUAAACUACGCCCCUACGCAUACAAUCAGACACAGUCCAUGCUCGCACUGCACAAACACUACCAGACGCUACUGGACAACGAGCGCUCCACAUCCAUGUCCCUACGGCUCGAACAUGCAGAGUGGCAGGCAGGACUGGGCCGCGUCGCCGAUUACGCAAGGCAGGCGCUGCAAACACAAAGCCGGGCGGAGGAGCCGCUGCAGAGUGCAAUCAAGGAGUUGAAGGAGGAGAACCGGAUACUGCGGCGGUUGGCAGGUUGGGAAGAGCGGGCAGACAGCAGUGACGAGGAGGAAGACAAGGCAUGAUGUGGAAUGAACUACGAUAUCAUGAGUUUAGGAACAGGCAUGCAUAGCGUUGGCGUUUAGGACGAUAUCACGGGUUUGUGGCAUUCUGGAUCGUGGAAAGCGA